AUGGUAGAAAAGGAAAUGAAGAAGAAGGAACUGAGAUCAGGAGUAUCAGUGGGACUGCUCAAAGGACAUACAGUGACGCCAAUACCGCUGACGAGCUCAGUGAGGCCGAGUCGCAGAAAGGGACUGAAAACGAACAGAUCAACGCUGGUCUCGGAAGUUAUCAGAGAAGUAUGCGGAUUCGCACCUUACGAAAGGAACUUAAUCGAGCUGGUGAAAAUAGGAUCGGCAUCUACGACGAAGAGAGCAUUCAAAUUCGCAAAGAGACGCCUGGGAACACACAGACGCGCAAAGGCGAAAAUGAACGAGAUGCAACAAGUGGUGGAGAACCAGCGCAAACGCAGGAACUAA